AUGGCGGAAUCAGAAGCAACAGCUUCCAUAGGUGAAGGGAUUCUGACUCAGGUCUUCUCCUCAUGUUCCGCAGAUCCGAGGGGGUCUGUUCAUCGAUUGUGGGGAAUAAGUCUCCUUUUCGUAGUCCUAUACUUUGUGGUUGCCAUUUUCGAAAUGAUGAACAUGAAAUCAAACGAUGGGUCGUUCGCUGUUUUGAUUGCUUCUAUAUGGUCUGGAUUGGUCCAUUUGGGAUUGGGUGUUCUUGGAACGUUUGUGCUGAAACGUUUCCCAACAUCUUUUUCAGUUGGCUUCUUAUUGGGGGUCAUGAUAGUAAUUGCAAACCAGAAUCUACUACUCUUUGCAACAUUCCUGAAGUUUGGCCAGGGUGAUAAAACAACGAAUACACUUUUUGCAGUUGUUGGACUCUGUGUGUUUGGGGUCAUGAGCUUCAUGUCGCUUCUGUUAUUUCACUUCAAACAAGAUGUUGUGGUUGCGCAACUGGAAUCAUCUGGAAAAGAGUCAAACAGAGAUGUUGCCUGA